AUGAAAAACACACUGGAGGCCGCAGAAGACCUGAUCAAGCGACACGAGGCGUUCAUUACGACCAUGGACGAUGAGAAGAUCAACGUAAUGCUCACCUUCGCCAACCGACUCAUGGAGGACGGACACUACGCUGCAGACAAGAUACACAAGAAGGCUGAAAACAUCAAUGAGAGACGCAACAUGAACCGUCAGCGUGCAGACAAGCAGCUGGAUCGACUGAGGGACCAACUGUUACUGCAGCAGUUCCUACAGGAGUGUGAUGAGUUGCGAGACUGGCUGCAUGACAAGAUGGCGGACGCAGAGGAUGAGACGUACCGAGAUGCUAAGAAUCUGCACAGCAAGUACCUGUGUCAUCAGGCCUUUGAGCGUGAGAUUGCAGCCAACAAGGACAGGAUGAUGAGGCUACAGAAGGCUGGUAAAGAGAUGAUGGCGGAGAAGCCCGAGACUCGAGAGCAGCUGGAGCCCAUCCUGGCCAACCUGUCCACCCAGUGUGACCAGCUCGAGACCACCACCACAGAGAAGGCAGACAAACUGUUUGAGAACAAGCGGGCCGUGCUGUAUGAACAGAGCUGUGACGAUAUUGAUUGCUGGGUCACCCAGCAGGAGUCCCAGAUUAUACAGGCAGAGUCAGCGAAGGACCUGACCACUGUCAACCUGCUCAUGCAGAAUCAGAACGGUAUACGGCCAGCCCCAGGCUACCCCAGCCAGCCUGACCACACUGAAAAGGAGACGAUGUGGCGCCUGCUGGGCGCAGACAAGGUGGGCAUCACCCUCACAGAGUCCCUCGCCAUGCAGCCAGCAGCGUUGGUGUUGGGACUGUACUUUGCCAGCGCACGCAGCUCGUAUUUCUCUACGGGUAAGGUGUGCAAGGACCAGGUGGAGGACUAUGCCUCAAGGAAGGCCAUGGAUGUGAGGACAGUGGAGAAGUGGCUGGGACCGUGUCUGGCUUAUGAUGUGGAAUAGAUAUGGUUUGGGUAAGGGUAUUUGCAAAGUGGGCGGGGGAUUAUAGGAAUUAAUUUGUCUAUCUUCUGUCUGUAACACUUUCUUUCUGCUUGGUAUCUUCUAUGCAAUCAGAUGGCUUUUCAUGAAAAUGUCUUCGAAUGUUUAGGGCUAUGAGAGUUUUGCAUGAGUCAGUUAAUCCGGCUCAAGCAAAGGUUGUACUUCAAAGUAAAUGUUUUAGUCUCCCUUUUUGUGUUUAUCCUAUCUUCUAUACUCUUUGAAAAGUUUAAAUAAAAACUUUCUAUAAGUAGUGAGGAAAUUUAGACAUGUGCAGGAGGUAUGAGUCAGUCAUGCCGGGUCAAGAUCAUUCGUCAAGGUCAAACAAUUGUAGACUCAAUUGUCAUGUCCUCUGAAUUUACCUUUAUCUUUUGAAAGGGAUUUCAAUGUUUUGAUAACAAAGUGUAGACGGCAGGAGUCAUGUAACCCUGCUCAAUGACAAUGUCUAGCAUUUUACCUUAAUUGUUUGGACCUGUUUUUCGUGACAACUAAUUGUCGUUAAGGAGAUGUUGAGAAGUCAUAAGAUAAUCACGCUGACUCAAAGUCACCGCUUCAAGGUCAUAAGAAUUUUGUUAGUUGAGAUAGUGGACCUUGUUUUUUAUCUUUGCUCUCUGUGCAUUAUUUUUCUGUCAAA